GUGAGGUUUCGUUUGGUUUCCCUCCGCUCUUUCUGAAGUCGUUGUGGAACAGUGAACAGGCUAUCCGAGCGGGAGAGAGCUAAGGGGGAGUGCGAAAAAAAGGAUUUGUCCGCCUUCGCCGCAGCAGCCUAGGUCUUCUAAACUCGGGACGCGGUCUGCCUUCGGAGCUCUGUGUGUCCAGCUUUUUGCAGGAGGGAGAGAGAGAAAGAGAGAGAAAGAGAGAGUAAGAGAGAGAGAGAGAAAGAAGAGUGAGAAAGAGAGGGGGAAGAAUGAGGAAGAACUCUCAGCGCACCUUUCUGUCCUACGAAAUGCAGAUUUGCUGAUAAAGCAUCAGUUAUCCGAUCAUACAGGUCGUAGUGGAAAUCUGAGUGCAUGGGAAUUUUAACUUUAAUUGUCUUUACCGGAAUAGGCUAUCGCUCCUUGAUCUCGUAUAUAAGACAACCAAUGUGAGCCGUGAUACCACAAACGGCUCUUUACGGCUGUUUCUAUUACCAUUUUCACGUCUUGGUUUAGGCUUCGACUAGACUACAUUAGUACUACCACCGACUCCAUUCGUCCGUGGACUUCGCCUCUUCUCUUAAAAGGAGGGCAAGACAUCCCUGAAUAGUCAUGGACUGUUUCAAGAUCUCCCCCGUCCGUUCCCUCGGCCUCCAGAUGCUGGUCGUCGUAGCAAUCCUCUUCCUCAAAGUGCACCAUGUGACAGGGGGCGCCCCCUCCGAGCCCAGCAUAGACCAGUCCGUCUCCGCGGUACCCAAGGCUAACAAAACCUGCAGCGAGCCGGAGCCAUGCUCCAAGGGGGUCGUCCUGCCCAUAUGGGAGCCCCAGAACCCGUCGUUUGGGGACAAAGUGGCCCGGGCCACUGUCUACUUUGUGGCUCUGGCCUACAUGUUCCUGGGCGUGUCCAUCAUCGCCGACCGCUUCAUGGCGUCCAUCGAGGUUAUCACGUCUCAAGAGAAGGAGAUCACCAUCAAGAAGCCCAACGGCGAGACUACAACCACCACGGUGCGCAUCUGGAACGAGACCGUGUCCAACCUCACUCUCAUGGCCCUGGGUUCCUCCGCCCCGGAGAUCCUGCUGUCUGUCAUAGAGGUGUGCGGCCAUGGGUUUAACGCAGGCUCCCUGGGCCCCAGCACCAUCGUGGGCAGCGCCGCCUUCAACAUGUUUGUCAUCAUCGGCAUCUGCGUCUACGUGGUGCCCGAUGGCGAGCAUCGCAAGGUGAAGCACCUGCGCGUCUUCUUCGUCACGGCCACCUGGAGCAUCUUUGCCUACAUCUGGCUCUACAUGAUCCUGGCUGUCAUCUCUCCUGGAGUGGUGCAGGUGUGGGAGGGGCUUCUCACCCUCUUCUUCUUCCCCAUCUGCGUGCUGUUCGCCUGGGUGGCCGACCGGCGCCUGCUCUUCUACAAGUACGUCUACAAGCGCUACCGCACGGGCAAGCAGAGGGGGAUGAUCAUCGAGACGGAGGGCGACCGCCCGCUGCCCUCCAAGGUGGACAUCGAGAUGGACGGGAAGAUGCUGAAUUCGCACGCCGUGGACUUCCUGGAUGGGCCGCUGGGACUGGACCUGGACGAGAAGGACCUGGACGAGGAAGAGACCAGGAGGGACAUGGCCAAGAUCCUGAAGGAGCUGAAGCAGAAGCACCCUGACAAGGAGGUGGAGCAGCUCAUCGAGCUGGCCAACUACCAGGUUCUGAGUCAGCAGCAGAAGAGCCGCGCUUUCUACCGUUGCCAGGCGACCAGGCUGAUGACUGGGGCAGGCAACAUCCUGAAGAAGCACGCGGCCGACCAGGCCCGGAAGGCCGUCAGCAUGCACGAGGUCCGCUCCGACGCCGCCGACAACGACCCCAUCUCCAAGAUCUACUUCGACCCCGGUUCCUACCAGUGCCUGGAGAACUGCGGCACGGUGGCCGUCAACGUCCUGCGUCGCGGCGGCGACCUCACCAAGACCGUGACGGUUGAGUUCCGCACGGAGGACGGCACGGCCAACGCCGGCUCGGACUACGAGUUCACCGAGGGCACGGUGGUGUUCAAGCCCGGCGACACGCUGAAGGAGAUCCGCGUGGGCAUCAUCGACGACGACAUCUUCGAGGAGGACGAGAACUUCCUGAUCCACCUGAGCAACGUCAAGGUCCUGUCCGGCUCCGGGGAGGGCGGGGCGGAAGAGGAAAGCCCCGAGUCGGCCAAUCACGUGGAGGCGGUGGCUUGCCUGGGUCUGCCGUCCACGGCGACCGUCACCAUCUUCGACGACGACCACGCGGGCAUCUUCACGUUUGAGGAGCCGGUGGUGCACGUUAGCGAGAGUGUGGGCACCAUGGAGGUGAAGGUGCUGCGCACGUCUGGGGCCAGGGGCGUGGUCACGCUGCCCUACAAGACCGUCGAGGGCACCGCGCACGGAGGAGGGGAGGACUUUGAAGACAGCCACGGCGUCUUGGAGUUCCAAAACGACGAGAUCUUGAAGACCAUAUUGGUUAGAAUACUAGACCGAGAGGAGUACAAUAAGCAGUGCUCCUUCUACCUGCAGCUUCAGACCCCCCGCUGGAGACGGAGGGGACGGACAGAGGAGGCAGUGAAGGAGGAGGAAGAGGAGGAGCCACUGACCGGCCAGGAUGAUGAGGAGCGUCGCAUCGCUGACAUGGGCCGUCCCAUGCUGGGAGACCACGUCAAACUAGAAGUCAUCAUCGAGGAGUCCUACGAGUUUAAGAACACUGUGGACAAACUGAUCAAGAAGACCAACCUGGCAUUACUGGUGGGAACAAACAGCUGGAGGGACCAGUUCAUCGAGGCCAUUACUGUCAGCGCUGGUGAGGAUGACGACGACGACGAGUGCGGUGAGGAGAAGCUGCCAUCCUGUUUUGACUACGUCAUGCACUUCCUCACCGUCUUCUGGAAGGUUCUGUUCGCCUUCGUCCCCCCCACCGACUACUGGAAUGGCUGGGCGUGCUUCGUGGUGUCCAUCUGCAUGAUCGGCCUGCUCACCGCCUUUAUAGGGGACCUGGCCUCUCACUUCGGCUGCACCGUGGGGCUCAAGGACUCGGUCACCGCCGUGGUGUUUGUGGCCCUGGGGACCUCCGUGCCCGACACCUUUGCCAGCAAGGUGGCAGCCAUCCAGGACCAGUACGCAGACGCCUCCAUCGGCAAUGUGACGGGCAGCAACGCGGUCAACGUGUUCCUGGGCAUUGGCGUGGCCUGGUCCAUCGCUGCCAUCUACCACCAGAGCCAGGGCAGGGAGUUCAAGGUGGAUCCCGGCAGCCUGGCCUUCUCCGUCACCCUCUUCACCAUCUUCGCCUUCAUCUGCGUGGGCACGCUCAUGUACCGGCGCCGGCCGGAGAUCGGGGGCGAGCUGGGGGGGCCGCGAACUGCCAAGGUCCUGACCACGAUGCUGUUCUUCAGCCUGUGGCUCUUGUACAUUCUCUUCUCCUCCCUGGAGGCUUACUGCCACGUCCAGGGGUUCUAAACGAACGAACGCACACCCACCCCCCACACACUGGAUGGAGAGAAGGGAGGGAGGAGGAGAGUGGCGCAGGAGAGCCCAGGUGCAGCUUCGAGGAGUGGGGAAGAGAAUGCAGAGAUGGAAGGUGGAGGACUUGUGGCUAAACUAUUUCUUGUCUUUCAUGUUGCCCUGCCCCCUAAUCCAACCCAUUCUGCCCUCCCCCAGUUAAUAUGGAUAUUUCUUCCCCCACCCCCUUGUAGUCUUAAAAUAAUAGAACUGGUUUAACAGAGAAGAUGAGCACCCCACGCCCCCCCUCUCCCCCCUCCUCCACCCCCCCCCCCGGGGGCCGGGACAGAGACCCUUCCCCUCAGACGUCCGCUCAACCCUAGCUCUUGUAUGUGUCCUCCUGUCCCACAGGGGGGGCUGUUUGGCAUGUCUCUUAACUACAGCAACCCCCUUCAGAAACAGCAUUGCCCGUUCAGCCGAGACUGAAGCUCGUUUCCAAUUGAAAAACAAAACAUAAUCGUUCUUGAGUGAAACCCCAAUUAUUAUGAACCUCCCCCAAACCGCCAUCUUUAUUAAUAUGUAUAUGCAUGAACUGAACACCCAAUCGGAAAAGAGGAGACGCAGAUGACGGUGAUGAUUCAGGGAGAAAAGCCUUUUGUCUCUCUGUUUGUGUGUGUAUGUGUGUGUGUGUUUGUGUGUGUGUGUGAGAGAAAGUGCCUGGGUUCCCAUUCUCUUCCUUUCACCUCCAGAAAUGACACUCUUUUACCAUCAUGCAUGGAUAUGCUUUCGCUAACCCCCACUCACACCUAUCCAACACCUUUCCAUGCAUGAUUGGGAGUACACGAGUGCACACGAGUGAAGGGUAGACAGUUGGAACGCAGUAAAGGUCACGACCUUGUGUGACCUUGGAUCGAACAGCCAAUAGGAAAGCUACUGGCACUUUGUUGUUUGACCUUGUUGUAGGACCGAUGCUGAGGACUGAAAUCAAGAAGGUUAACUGUGUUUUUACCUUUAAUAUCUUUGUUUUUGACAACAAAAGGCUAGUAUAAAGUAAAUAGCGUUUUUUGAAAUACCUGAGCUUGUUAGCCAGAUAAGUAUCACCACCAUACUUGAAUAAUGGUUGCAUCCUAACACAGACAUAAGCAGUUCCUUACAGUUGACUGAUUGGCUACCUGUUUCCUAGCAGCCUCUCUCAUUGGUCCCCCCCCCCCCCUCCCCCCGUGUGUCUAAGAAACUCCCAGACUGCUCAGUGUAUCAGUUUCACCCCUAAAGGGCUUUGCAAUGAACUCUUUAUCCCCUAACCUCUAACCAUGGUGAUCGUUUUUCUAUCCAACAUGCCCCAUUUCCAGCCCCCACACUAAUUCCUCAGCCUCUCAUUGAGGCUACUUCUUUCCUGCUCGUCCUCAUUUGAAACAUUUUGGGAUUUCAGGUCCUAAAUAUGGUCUUCACCCGGGAGGCAUCAAGCAUAGUGGUGGUUAGAUAUGUAGAUUUAGAGGGGUUUCUACACUUCACUGGCCCUGUAGGGAUAUUUUACUGAGGGUCAAAGUUCAAAUCCUCUGGCCGUAUAUAUCCUGAGGUGAAGGAUAGUUCUGUUUUAACGAUGCAACCUUGAUAAUCUACCAAUCUGCCAAUCAUGAGACCACAGAAAGGUUUACAUUUCAAGACUGUUACUACUAGUCAAGAUCAGCUAAAUCAGAGAUGCCUGUGCAUUUGGGUGUGACUGCGAGUGUGUGUGCGUGUGUGUGUGUGUGCGCAUGAGGGCGUGUGUGUGUCUGAGCAUGUGAGUGUGUUUGGGGAAAAGACAGACGGUCUGAAUAAUUCAGACGGGCUUGGUUCAAUUUUUAACAAGAUUGGUACUGUAUGCUGAAUGACCCAGAAUUUCCUGCUGAUUUUGUUUUAUACAUUAUACUUGAUGUGUAACUUAAUGUAAUGAAGUAAAUGUUUAACCUAGAGGUAGUUGUACUGGUUUAGGUCAAUUUGAACAUGACAAAAUGUUUAGUUCUCUUGUCAUUUACACUACAAACCCCCCACAAGGUUUUCGAUCAAGCUUCUGGGUGGUUGUACCAGGGGUUGUAGGGUUUAACGAUAAUGAUUUAUAUGGAACUCAUAAUACCGUUUACCCCUUCUUUUGCGAAAGGGAACCAUUUCUAAGGGAAACUCCAGGUUGCCUCAGACAAAGAUGUGGGUUUUCUAACCUUGCGAUGUUUCGUAAUGACAACCAAAAACAAGGUUUGUCCGUGGGCCAGAGAUUUUGUUUCAGUCCAGAGCGUAACCUUUCUAAAGCAGUUUGUAUCGGGCGCGCACCACGCCUGGAGCUGGAGCGCAGGGCUUAGGGUUCACCCUGGGCUGUCUUCACCUGAGACCUGCUCACAAACCAAUGACAAGGGUCACACCAAGCCCCAGGGCCUUGCCUUAGCGUACUGGAGGAAGUCCAACCACUCGUGGAUGCACAAGUACGCAAGGUGUUAGUCUUAGGGUUUGGUUUAGGAUUGGAAAACGUCAAUUUUAUGGUGGGUUGAAUGGGGUUUGUAGUAGAGGUAGAUGAAGAAAAUGAAUAUUUCCCAAAAUCUAGAAAGAGUAGCUUUAUAUCUUCUAGUUCUUUCUGGGGCAGGACUGGGGUUUCCAAGUGAAGGAGAAACAUGGCACUGGUUCCCAUGUUUUGUUUGAAAACGACAGUUGUUGGGAGUGUGCUGACAACGACCCAGCCCAACACUUGCUCCGACUGCACUCGGACCGGAAAAGAAACGUUACCAUGACGUCUACAAUAAAAUAAAAUAAAAACAGAGUGAACUGACGACCUAAAAAAAAAAAAAAAAAAAAAAACGAGGAGAAGAGGGAGAACGUUAACAGCUUAAUAUAAAAACUCAAAUCAUGUGAAGUACAGCCAUACAUUGUGUCCUGGUGCAGAGAAGCUAUGGGACUUUGCCCUGCCCAGCAUGUGUAUCUAUGGUGUGUGUGUUCGUCUGCACCUUCUAACCUGUGCAGCAGCCGUUCUCUCUCUGUGACCUCCCCCCUCUCCCUCGCCCCUCUCCCUCGCCCCUCUCCCUCGCCCCUCUCCCUCGCCCUUCUCCCCACAACCGCCAUCCUGCCCCCCCUUUCCUCCCCUUCCCAUAAACUCCCUGUUCCUCCCCUAUGCCAUGUCCAUAUUUGGGAAUGUUGAUGUGCUACUUGUUCACUGUGUGCAUGGAUGAUGAUGACAUGUCUGUAUAUAGUUAGCAGUAUCCCAUUCGUUAAUGUCGACGGAGGUUUGAAUGUUGUAUAGAUUUGGACUUUUUUAUUUUUAUUUGUUUAACCUAAGUAGGACCUACAUUUGUUUUAGGUUUGUGUCAUUUGAAUGACAUCCUUUUGGUAACUUGCACAUGAUUCCAUUUUAUGAAGAAAAGGCAAUAUCUGAUGUUGUUGAAUGCAGCAGAGAGCUUAAAGAGUUACGUAUCUUAUAAACAUGGGAGAGUUGCAUGGGUAAUUGUACAGACAACACUGCUUGCUUCUAUUGACCUGGUUGUGUUAUUUGACAGGUGUAAGAGAAAUAUGUACAUCAAAGGCUAUUUUGUCAUUGAAGAGAUCAUAUGUAUAUACUGUACAUUGUUAACAGUGAGAGGUCGUACCCUCCACGCUAUCUUAGAGAAUUCUACAUAUUUAUUUAAAAGAGAAACCUCACUACACUCAAGAAUGACAAAUAUUGCCUUUUUGGAGAAGUCUAGUUUCUAGUUUUGCUUGGAGCUUGUUCUUCUAUAUAGCUUCUCUCUCUGUCCUCUCUGUGCUGUGUGAUGUUCAGACUCUGCUAUCUGCCCCGUGGUUCUCCUUCACUUGGGGUGGGGUGUCUAUCGUGUCCAACAUGCUGCAUCUCACUCUCCCUGGAUCAGAUGCCUCAGUCUUGUCUGUGUGGGUGUCUGUCUCUCUGUCUAUCUUUCUGCUUGUCUGUCUGUCUGUCUGCCUCUGUCAGUGGAUAGUAUGCCAUAUUACCAGUCUGUCUGUAUGACUUUCUUUCUGUCUGUCUGCCUGCAGUAGAGGCUCAUCACAUCUGUUGUCGGACUCCACCCCCGACCCCGCGUCCCCGCAGCGUAGAGGGAGGGCUUCUUUCUUUCAGGGUUCGAAUAUCAAUACAUUUCUUUCUCAUGUAGUCUUUCUCUUUUCUUAGACUCUCUCUCUCUCUCUCUCGUUUUUCCAAUUUUCUCUACUUGUCCACCAUUUCCCUCUCUCUCCACGGCCCUCCUCCCUCUCUACUCUGUUUAGACUCUUUCACAGGGUUUAGUUUGCUAUUUGUUUUGUCUUUUGUUGGGUUUAUUGAUUUUGUUCAAUUAAUGAUGAUGAUUUUUGUUUUUCUUAUUUUGUUGAUGUCCUCUGUGUUUUAAUUUUCUUUGUGUUGCACACAGACUAAUAAGAAGGAAGUACACUAACUGUGAUUGCGCUACAUGGUACUCUUCUGACACAGAAAAUAAAGUUUGGGAUACCCUGUUUCAAAGA